AUGAGUCUUAUAAAAUCGUUACUUCAUCUUAAAAUUAAAAAACAAGAUCAUUUCAUACUUCGCGUCAUGUGAGGUUUCCUGCUGUAAUAACGAUAACGCUAACGGUACGAUAUUGAUAACGAAUAAGAUAACGAUGACGAUGAUGAUGAUGAUGACGCUCAUAACGAUGACAAUGACGCUCCUGGCGAUGACAAUGACGCUCAUGACGAUGACAAUGACGCUCAUAACGAUGACAAUGACGCUCAUAACGAUGACAAUGACGCUCCUGGCGAUGACAUUGACACUCCUGGCAAUGGCGAUGAUGAUGACAGUACCGUUAAACUCACUCGCAGGCUUCAAUGUAUUUUAACUGCAUGUCGUUACAUCAAGGGCCUUGAUGAACUCAAAGUUUUAUAUCUCAUCAGGAAGACGAACACUGCUUCUUUUAAUUUUGCCUGUUAAUUACAAAUUGUUAUCUUAUUUCGUUACAAAAACUUUUCAAAUCUGUGAGACUUGUAUUUCAUACUACAAGGCAUUCCGCUUUGCAUGAUAUUCCUCUGUUCCAUCUUCCGUCUUCUGUAAACGUAUUUCGGACCUUGCUCGCUUCGCAACGUUAGCGGCUCUUUUGGCCAUUACUCGCUGAUUGAAAUGGUAAAAUGUUCUCUCUUCGAAUAAUAACAAUUUUUCUUUAAAGUUUCCAGGAUGUUCAAAUCCAUAGGAAGCAGUAGCUAUCAAAAUUUCGGUCGAUAAACAUUAAAUUGUCAGAAUAUAGCUGAUUGACACGUCCCAACCGUACCUUAGGUGAGUGUUAAGUCACGAUUGAUACCAACAUGUCAACAUCUAUAAAAACGAAUUACAUCUAGCUUAACUUCCCAAACUAAUCGUUCUUAUAAAACAGACUAAAUGUACGAAAAUCAUCGUGACUCGGUUGAUUGUGCAAGAAUGGCUAAACAUGAUUCCUUAUUUAGGGCAAUAUAACACCGAUAACUCGAAUCCCCAAACUUCAGCCAUUUUUCGUUUCCCUGUAUUGAAACAUUUUCAGCAAGAUGCCAGCGUCAGCUACUUAAGAAGCAAAAAUAAGAUGAUAAGAUGGUAAAGAACGUGAAUUUAGCUGUUAAUAUUUCGCUGUUAGCAUUUCGUAGUAAUUUAGCACCUUGCAGGGGAGGGCGAUAAAGGACGAAGAAGUCUGGAAACUGGUAACAAGGAAAUCGACGACACUGACCUACCACUCAUAAUAGUAAGCAUCAAGCUGUGACUUGAUCAAUAUUUAUGAUGUAGCGGCUUGAUAUCUAGGUGAGAAUACGAGUUUAAUUUACAGACAAAGCAUACGUUUCCUUCCUCCCUGUUAAUGGCGACUGCAACGCGUGUCGAAGAACUCACCGACCUGUUUUCUGAUCUCCGCGAAAGAUCAUUGAAGAGCGGCGAAAAUGUUGAAAACAUUCGAGCGGAAUUCCUACGGCAGGUAGGAACGGAUCCUGCACAAUCGAGUUUUCUUCAUAAGAAUAGCCUAAAAUGGUUCGUGAUUGUUUUUUUACCCGUUGUUUUGGCUUUUGCUGGUUACUACUUCGACGUGAUCGAGCUGCUGCAUGUUAAAGAAGAACCAUGUCUUAUGAACGUCAAUGAGAUUUUCAUCGAGGUCACAAGGAAACGAACAAACUGCACUCUUUUGUGCGAAGGUUUGACCGAAAUUCCCCGGGUUUCUGGCUUAUCGAAACAGGAUUUCACUUCAAAAUAUGCGUACACUGGAAGACCCGUCGUUGUCGUCGACGGUGCGAAAAACUGGUCAGCCAUUGAUCGCUUCAACUUUACGUUCUUCAAAGAACUCUUCGACAAGAACAAAGACGCGUAUCGAGUAAACGAAGAGGAGUGUCAAUUCUUUCCCUAUAGAACAGAGUUUAUUUCUCUUGAAGAGGCCAUGAACAUGUCAAAAGAAAGAUCAGAGUGGAAAGCAGAGCCAUGGUAUUUCGGUUGGAGCAAUUGUGACCCUGUAAUCAGACAAGAGUUGCGCACUCACUAUCAGUUACCAUAUUUCUUGCCAAAACAAUCAGAAACUAGUGAACAGGACUGGAUUUUCAUGGGAGGGCCAGGACCUGGGGCCCAGAUACAUAUUGAUAGCGUGGAUCGUCCAUCGUGGCAAGCCCAGCUGUCAGGACAGAAGAUAUGGACUCUUAUCCCUCCACCUGAGUGUGAAGAAGUCUGUACUCCCAAAUUAGCAACUACAAUGAAAAAGGGAGAAGUCAUUAUUGUGGACACAAAUCAGUGGUAUCAUUCAACAAAGGUUUUGCCUGGAGAGCUCAGCAUUACUAUUGGAGCAGAAUAUGACUAAAAUGAUUUCCCUUAACAAUGUGAAUAUUUUUUUUUUCUGAAAACUGUCUUUUUUUCCUUUUUAACAAAACUGUUUGUUUCAGUAAGUAAAUAAUUUUUUUUUAAUAACUUGUAAGAUGCAAUUGCUUAUGUUCUGAAAUGAACUGACCAAUAUUGUUUGGCUGAAAGAAGGUCAUGAUGCAUUUCAAAGGAGAUACCGGGUAAUUAGUUAAUAAUAUAUCAUGAUAGACAAAUUUGAGCAAGAUAGAAUAAAAUAAUUUAAUUGAUAUUAGAGUAAGUCUGUAAGGAAAAAACUGUGCCACUCCAAUUACUUGACAAGUUGUUCACUUGUGGCAGGAAGAAUAAACAAGAUCUAGCUUAAAAUGUAGUUGACCCUUACCCAUUUAAGUUACUGUACAUGCUAUUUAAUAAGAUUAUAUUUAAUUACUUUGCAUCCAGUUUGACAUUCAACUUCUAGCAGCAUUGUAAGUUUCACCUCAGAACAGCUUCACUUUCAGACCAUUACUGAGAUGAGGUCUUUCAAUACUUAAUAAGUAGUUCAUUCCUGAAGCAAUCAAUAGAAUUCACAGCUGACCUCUUGGCAAUUUUUAAGUUCUACUUAUAGUUUCUGAUACCCAUUUAUACUUAACAACUCAAUGUUGCCAUGCAUCUGUUCAGUAAUAUUUAGCUAUAGGUCACAGAUGACCUCAAAUUGUGGUACUACAGGUGUAAGUGCAGCAUUCCCAUUUACGUUCAUAAUUAAGUUUUUCUUAUUGUUUUUCGCAUUCUUUCACCCACUUAUAUUUAUAUUGUUAGAUUUUUUUGUAUAAUUUUGCUUUGUUUAAUUUUAUUUUGUAGAAGUUUCUUGGUAAAAUUCAGCACUAGAGUAUUAGAGUCCUUGAGAUCAAUGUCAAUUAUUUUACUGCGAUCAACUCCUAGUUUUCCGUCCUUUGUGCGAUGUUUGUAAGUGUUUUUCCUUGUCCAAUUGCUUUUCCUCUGUUGUUUACAUUUCUAUUCCUUGUACUUGUAUUUUGCAGUAAUGAGUAAUUAUUUUGUUCAGCCUAUUACAUAAUCGUGGUUUAUGACAGCCACCACUGACAAAAGAAAAGUUUCUUACCUAAUGACACAACACAAUGGAGGAGUUUAGGGCCCCCAACCUAAAUAUUUUAUUGCAUAAUGACCACUUUGCCACCUGCCCCUCUCAAAGAGGUUUGCAAUUAAUGACUGACAAAAACUUAGAUGACAUGAUUUAGAAUAUUCUAUGUACAAGGCUAAAAGAUUAGGAAAAAUUAUUAAAAUGUUUAUGAAGC